AUGAAUGCUUGUAAUGGCGGUUGCAACAAGCCUCUGAAGGCUAAAGAAAAGAUUUCCUGCUCUCAAACUAACUGCAAAAAACAAUUUCAUUACUUUUGUGUUCAACUGACAAGUGCUAAAAAGCCGUCUAACUGGAAAUGCCCUGACUGCAUUCAAGAAAUGUCAUCAAAUCAGCGUAAUAAAAUCAAAAAUUGUACACCCGGUAAGAACUCUUUAUCUAAAGAUAUCAAUGAAUCACUCGACGAACGUCAAAAUGUAACCUUUACUCGGGGUAAUACUUUAAAUAAUAGCUUCGUUGAAGAAACUGUCAAUCUACGGUCUGCUGUCAGAAAUAUUUUGCAUGAAGAAAUAAGAGAUAUUGUACGAGCAGCAAUAAGCGAAGAGUUUUCCAUAUUAAGAAAGGAAUUACGCAGCUGUGAAGAUUCUUUAAGCUUUUUGAAUAAUAAAUUUGAAGAAAUGAAAAAUAAUGUUGAGGCCUGUGUGGAAAUGAAUAAAACAAUCCAGCUAGAGAACAACUUAUUGCAGCGCAAAGUCAAUGAUUUGGAAUCGAGGUUGUCUGUUAUAGAGCAGGACUCGAGGCAAAAUAAUAUAGAAAUUCAUUGUCUACCAGAGCACAGACAAGAAAACUUAGUUAACACUCUUAUGCAAAUCAGUAAAGUAGUUAGUUUUCCUCUUACAGAAACUGACAUUGUUGCCUGUAAUAGAGUUCAAAAACAAAACCCAGCCUCAAAAGUACCCAAAACAGUUAUAUGCAGAUUUGUCAGUAAAUUAAAACGCGACAACUUACUUGCAGCUGUAUACAAAUAUAACAAGUCUCAUCCCAAAGCAAAAUUGAACACCAAACUUUUAGGCUUUGGUGAUGUUGAAUCAGCCGUCUACAUCAGUGAACAUCUCACCCAAGCUAAUAAAUCACUGCAUGCUGCAACGAGAAUCUGGGCGAAAGAGAAUAAUUACAAAUAUGUAUGGAUAAAAAAUGGAAGAAUUUUUGUUAGAAAAGACGAUGAACAUCCAGCAAAAGUGAUAUUACACCAGUUUACUUUGAAAUCUUUAAAUUAG